AUGAGGGGCGGAGCCUAUUGGGACAUGCGACCGACGGAAGGAUCAAUGGAAAUCGCGGCAGCUGAGCAGGUCAACGCCGAGAAGGCGUGGCUUUACCUCGCUUUUUCGAGACUAACUUCCUCAGGUCGGCUUCAAGCGGACGAGUUUCGAAAGUUUCUGAUUUUUGCUAAACUUCUUUUAUCGAAUUGCUGUUAAUUUUCCGAUCAAGAUCUAACUGAAAUUUUCGAAAACAAGAAGAAGAGCUCAAAAUCAGUCCUUGGGAGCUCAUUUCAUUGAAAAUUUUUUGAUAAGACCUACGUAUGCGCCUCUCCAACUUCGAAUAUCUAAUCAGACGAUUCACUUAAUCGGAUUAAACAUUUAUUUUAAUGAAGGUAAAAAAAUUUUUCCAUGGCAAUUUUUCAAAAAAAGUUAGUCCAUUAUAAGUCAUUUUAUUUAUUUAUUCAUUUAUGAUAAUUUAUAUAUCACACUCAAACAAAAAAACUACAAAUAAAUAAUAGAAACUGUCAAGGAAAAUAAAAAAAGUAAUUUUAUAUAAUCCAUUUAUUACAAAAAUCAGGACGUUGUCAGCUCAGAUUAAACUUACCACAUUCUCAAAUUUCAAAAAAUUUGCCCGAGUGUGACCUCACCACUCAAUAUUCCAGAAUGUCCUUCAGAACAGUUUUUCGACUUCAAAACUUCCCUCAAAUGAAAGGUGGAAUAAAAAUAACUUUUCCAACUUAUCAAAUCAGUUUUGUUCUUAAUUCGGAACGUUUCAGUUAGUUUGUUUUUCGUGUGUUUUCGGUGUGAGAGACGAAGAUGAAACCGACCAAAACCGGGAAAGGCAGUGCGACUGAAGAAGGCGUCGACGAAGAAGUUUCCGCGAAGCCAGUUGUUUUGUUCAUCUUCGGCAAAUGUUAA